AUGAACGAUCCAGGCGAUGGUUUUGACUUCUUGAUAGUCGGAGGUGGAACCGCGGGUCUUGUUGUCGCAGCCCGUCUGACUGAGGAUCCCAAUGUUCGAGUCUGCGUCAUUGAAGCAGGGGCAUCCAAGUUGGGAGACCCCAAUGUCGAUAUGCCAGCGUCCGUGGGCAGGAUGCUCAAUAACCCCGACUAUGACUGGACCUUUCAUAGCACACCACAGGUGCGUAUUGAAGUUGUCGAGGGCCUGUUCGCCGAGUGUGUCAUAGAAACUGACAAACGGUUAAAGAGAGAGGCCAGAAACAGGGUGUUUCACUUGCCACGCGGGAAACUGCUUGGUGGCAGCAGCGCCAUCAACUUCACGACUUAUGUGCGGCCCUGUGCAAAGGACAUCGAUGAUUGGGUCUCAGAGUUGGGAAUAAAAGGCUGGUCGUUUGCCGACUUGCUGCCGUAUUUCAAACGUCAUGAGCAUCUAGAGGUAGAUCAGCCCAAUAUAGCGGAGCGCAACACAACGGAAUCCCCUCUGGAUCCCAAGCUUCACGGAGUGGAAGGGCCAAUUCACACAUCUCUGGCGACCUGGCAGAUACCAUUUGAGAAGCCCCUUCUUGAUGCUCUGGGUCAAGUGUCAGGCCAAUCUCCACCCCUCGAGCCGUACAACGGUAGUCAUCUCGGGUUUUACAGAUCAUUGCUCUCCAUAGAUCGCACGGGCAAGCCGAUCCGAAGCUACGCUGCAAAUGGGUUUCUAGCUCAUGCAGUCGAUCGCCCGAAUCUGUGCGUGCUCACCGACGCUAGGGCUGCUAGAAUUAUCCUGGCAACUGACUCCACUGGUGUGCCCGUGGCGCGAGGUGUGGAAAUACACCACCAAGGAACGAAGAGGGAAGUAUUCGCAAGCAAGGAGGUUAUCCUCAGCGCUGGGUCCUUCCAAUCCCCUCAGCUUCUCGAACUCUCUGGGAUCGGAGACCCGGAGACCCUUCAGGAAGCCCAGAUACCAUGUGUCCUGUCGAGUCCUCAUGUGGGCAACAACCUCCAGGAGAAGACCAUGUCGGCCGUUGUGUACGAGCUAGGCUCAGGGGAAAUAUCCUUGGACUCGGCCUUUUUGGAUCCAAGCCUCGGGGCCGAGCAUUUUCGUCUCUACAUGACUACAGGGUCUGGUGCCCUGUCGGGAACAGCCAACCUGAUGGGGUUUGUUCCUUUUGCCUCCCAAGUCAGUAACACCGUGUUGGAGAAGACCCUGGGCACCGUUGAGUCGAGCAGGCCGCGGGUGCCCCGAGAUGCUCUGUUCCAGGCGAAGCAAUACAAAGCCAUCACCAGCCGUCUCCGCGAUACAAACUCGGCCAGCAUCCAACUCCUCGGCUCCCCAGCCAAUUUCGACAUCGCACAAGGCCAUGCAGACUGCUCCAAGCUGGUCCACGGGCCACCUGCCGGAUCAAGCAGACCCUGCUACGCUCUGAUCGGCAGCAACAUGUACCCCCUCUCACGAGGCAGUGUCCACGUCCGCACCUCGGACCCGCUGGACGAACCGGCUAUUGACCCGGGGUUCUUCACACACCCCGCCGACGCACAUGUCCUCGCCGCGGCGGUGGCACUCGCCGAUCGCGUGCUUCGGUCGGAGCAGCUCAAGGGAAGGGUUGGGCGCCGUGUGGACCCUCCGCCUGAGGUUGACCUGCAGGACGCGGACACUGCACGGGAGUUCGUAAAGGACCGCAUUGUGACGUAUCACCACGCAUUGGGAACUUGCGCCAUGGGUCUCGUGGUGGACGAGAGGCUGCGUGUCAAGGGCACGCGCGGCCUGCGGAUCGUUGAUGCGAGCGUGUUGCCCAUGCAGGUCAGCGCUGCCAUCAUGGCGACUGUCUAUGCGGCUGCUGAGAAGGGCGCUGAUAUGAUCAGGGAGGAUCACGGCAUUCCCAUCCAAAACUGA